GAAACUAAAGGAUAGAUGGCGAAAGCUCGUACAAUAGGGGUUGGAAUUGAUUACUCAGCAACAAGCAAAAGAGCCUUGAAAUGGGCUAUUGAUAAUCUGAUUGAAGCUGGAGACACAAUUCUUAUCAUCCUUGUCUUGUCUCCCAAGUCUGAUCCCGUUAACAAAAAACUGUUUGCUGAUACUGGAUCACCUUUGAUACCAUUGGUCGAGUUGAAAGAGAUGAGCGUAUGCAAAAAAUAUGGUAUUACCUACGAUUCAGAGCUCUUGGACAUGCUUGACACUGUUUCAAUGACUAAAAAGGCAAAGGCGGUGGCCAAAGUGUAUUGGGGAGAUCCAAGGGAGAAGCUUUGUGAAGCUGCAAGGUAUCUCAAGCUUGAUACUCUAGUCGUUGGCAGCAGAGGCUUGGGUACCAUCAAAAGAGUUUUGCUUGGGAGUGUAAGUAGCUAUGUAGUGCAGAACGCAACAUGUCCAGUAUCAGUUGUCAAAUAGACAUAAUCAACCAGCUUGUUUUCAUGAUCUUGGCAUGGCUGAAUUAUUUGAGUAUAAGUGUGGUUUUUACUAUCUUUAUUAUUUGUCCAUAAAUUAAACACACGGCGUCAACAAGGCUACAUGUUUCCACCGAUAUGAUGAAGAUAUGAAGAAAGAAUCGGUAUGUACGUGAAGGUGGGGGAAUAUUUUGCUUAUGUUACUUUCUUGGUUAUGUUUGUUGAAUUUGGAUUGAUGUGUAAACUUCAUAUUGAUAGGUGUCUUGGUGGUUU